AUGCAUGGCGUGCCCGCUAGCAACAACACUUCGCAAACAGAGUCGACGGGAAAUGGCACCGGUCGCCUUAGCCUGAAUGUCGGCAGCAGUAACCAUCCGGAGAUACAUAGCGGCAAAGCCGCAACUUCCAGCUCAGCACGCCCGACCAAACCACUUUACUUCCGCAAUGAUUGGGCAGCCGCAAUCACAUACCGUUAUCGGCCCACAGAAGCGGAGCGUGCGGAAUCUCGGGCAGACCCGACCAUGAAAGAUGUGUUGGGGAAGGCCGAGGGCUGGAUCCAAAUCCUUUACAACAAUAUGAUGAACGUGGCGAAUUGCAACAACAAGCCCGACAGCAACGAGCUUUCCAUGUUCAAGUCUACUCGGCUUGACAAGAGGGCAGUCGAGGCCACAUGCAGAGCAAUCCUCGUCGCUCUUAUUCACCGCUGCGUGGUCGGGUACUGCGGACCACCGGACAGGAAUGCACCUGCUCGCGAGGAUAGGAGUCUGAGCUGCAAGGAAAGGCUGAUCGCUGUCGCCGCGGCUCUCAGGCGAGAUAAGCGCAUCUGUAAGGAUGUGCUGUUCGAGGAUAGCAAGAUUAUCUUGCUUGUACAUGGGCCGAACAGAGUAGCGAAAUCUAAGGAAUCGCAGCAGAAGGGAAACGACAAGAAAAAGGCCGCAAAAGUCGGUCAAGGAAUGCCAGUCGAACAGAGCAAAGUCGAUAUUCCAAAGACGUCAAAAGAGAGUCCACUUUCGGCCGGAAUCCCCGCAGAUCCUGCUUCCCCAAUCUUGUCGCCAGUCUCCCACAAUGCCGUCGGCCACGACGAGGGGACGACCGCCAAAGGCCCCGAUCAUACACCAUCCCCAAACCCUUCUCCUACCGCGAUUCGUGCUCCGCCUUCAGUCCCGAUCUCAACGGUUUCUCCAUCUCAAAGUCUAACUGCCCCUGCCAUAAGCAUGGUGCCCACUCCGUCUACGACACCGACUCCGUCAAGCACCUCCACCUCAUCCUCUGUCAGCAAAAGGCCAAACCCCUUGUUCCAUCCGGUUUUCAAGAAAAAGCGCUCUGACACCGAAGAGUCUGAGGCUAGGCAAAGUGUUACAUGCCCUCCUCUGGGCAUAGCGAGAGGAUCUAAUCACUUGUUCGGGAAGAAGCGCGCUCGGGAUGAGGAUGGUGUCGAUGCUGCCCCACAAGCCAAGAAGGGUAUGCUUGAGCAAAAGGGAGAACCAGAAGACACCGGUCGGGUAGAUGAGUGGUGA